ACACAACCCACAAGCAUCCCUCUCGAACACCCACUUCUCUCCUAAAACCAUAAGAAAGAACCAAAAAAAAAAUGGUGGCUGCAAGUCCCGGCGGCUCAAUGAAGAGCUUAACCAUCCAAAUCCUAACCGGAAGAUGGUUCAUGUUCUUCGGGAGUCUCUUAAUCAUGUCGGCGGCUGGAGCCACUUACAUGUUCAGUCUCUACUCAGGCGAUAUCAAGAGAACCUUAGGCUACGACCAAACCACUCUCAACCUCCUCGGUUUCUUCAAAGAUCUUGGAGCCAACGUUGGUGUCCUCGCGGGUCUAAUCAACGAGGUGACUCCUCCUUGGUUCGUCCUCAUUAUCGGAGCCAUACUUAACUUCUUUGGCUACUUCAUGAUUUGGCUCGCCGUCACAGAACGGAUCUCCAAGCCUAAAGUUUGGCACAUGUGUCUCUACAUCUGCGUUGGAGCCAACUCGCAGUCGUUUGCUAACACCGGAUCGCUCGUCACGUGUGUCAAGAACUUCCCGGAGUCACGUGGUGUUGUCUUGGGGAUUCUCAAAGGAUAUGUCGGUCUUAGCGGCGCCAUUAUUACACAGCUUUACCAUGCUUUUUAUGGUGACGAUACCAAAUCUCUCAUCUUGAUGAUCGGUUGGUUACCUGCAGCAAUCUCGUUUGCUUUCUUGAGGACGAUAAGGAUGAUGAAAGUGGUGAGGCAGACAAACGAGCUAAAGGUUUUCUAUAACUUCCUCUACAUCUCGCUCGGGCUAGCGACGUUUCUCAUGGUGGCCAUCAUCACCGACAAACUCUCCGGCUUUACACAGAGCGAGUUUGGUGGCAGCGCCGCCGUGGUGAUCAUCUUGCUUAUUUUGCCGAUCAUAGUCGUCGUCUUGGAAGAGAGGAAGCUAUGGAAUGAUAAACAAGUCGCCUUCAACAAUCCAGCACCGAUCAAUAUCGUCACCGAGAAACCAAGCUCAGAUUUAUCAGAGGUCAAAGCUCAUCAUGACGAAGAGUCAAAGGAGGAAGAAGAGAAGGUUAAAACGGCGUCGUGUUGGAAGACUAUGUUUAGUCCACCGGAAAGAGGAGAUGACUAUACGAUCUUGCAAGCGUUGUUUAGCGUAGACAUGUUGAUCUUGUUCUUAGCGACGAUCUGUGGUGUUGGAGGGACUUUGACGGCGAUAGACAAUUUGGGCCAAAUAGGAAGCUCGUUUGGUUAUCCAAAGAGAAGCGUAAGCACGUUUGUGUCACUAGUAAGCAUAUGGAAUUACUUUGGUCGUGUGGUUUCAGGUGUGAUCUCUGAGAUCUUCUUGAUCAAAUACAAAUUCCCAAGACCUCUCAUGCUCACACUGAUCCUACUCUUGUCCUGCGCCGGUCACCUCCUCAUAGCAUUUAACGUCCCUGGUGGACUCUACGUUGCAUCAGUCAUCAUAGGGUUUUGUUUUGGUGCGCAAUGGCCGCUUCUGUUUGCAAUAAUCUCCGAGAUUUUCGGGCUAAAGUACUACGCAACAUUGUAUAACUUUGGCUCCGUGGCAAGCCCGAUCGGGUCUUAUUUGCUUAACGUUCGGGUCGCCGGAUAUUUGUAUGACGUGGAGGCAGAGAAGCAAAACAAUGCAUUAGGGAUAGAUAGAAAGGAAGGAAGACAAGAUUUGAGUUGCAAAGGCACGGUUUGUUUUAAGCUGUCUUUUAUUAUAAUUACCGCGGUAACUUUGCUUGGUGUAUUGGUCUCGACGAUUUUGGUUAUCCGGACCAAGAAGUUUUACAAGAGUGAUAUCUACAAAAAGUAUAGAGAAAAAGCGUUGGCCGCCGAGAGUGAGAUGGCAGCGCCGGCUCCGGCUAGAUUGACGGUGGCUGAAGAAGAGAAGGAUGGUGUUAAAGGCAAAGUAGGGUAAAGUUAUGAUUGUUAAGAGAUAUACUACUAGAUAAGAAAGUGUGGUGAAGUAUUUUGUAAACAUAUAAUAUGUUCCCAAUGUAAGCUAUUGAAUGAAACCCAUCAGUCUAUCCUCUA